AUGUUCAUUAAUCGUUAUCAACAGUUAACUUUAUCCAAACAUAUUAUUGCUCGACAGAAAUGGACGUAUUCUAAGGUUUCAUCAUGUGGUACAUAUCAUAUUUGUUUAAAUACUCAACAACCACUUUAUCACCAUCGAUUUAAGGCUAUUUUACCGUUUCAUUCACCUGGUUUAGCGCCAGUGAUUGAUCAAACAAAUGCAGCAUUUCAUAUAAAUGAUCUCGGAGAAAGUGCCUAUUGUCAAAGAUUUACUCGAACAUUUGGUUUUUAUCAAAAACUCGCUGCUGUGCAGAAUAGUGAUCAGUGGUAUCAUAUUACACCUCAAGGUUCUUCUGCAUAUAAGUCUAUAUGGCAGUGGUGUGGUAAUUUUCAAUCAUACCGAUGUCCUGUACGAGAUUUUAGUUUAAAAUAUUAUCAUAUUGAUCCUACAGGACGAAUUAUCUCAGGUCCACAUUCAUAUGCUGGUGAUUUUCGAGAAGGUAGUGCUGUUAUUCGUAGUUCAAUCGAUGGUCUGUUCCGUGCUAUAGAUGAAAAUGGUGAUUUCCUUCAUUCGUCAUCAUCAUCAUCGUCUAACAAAACAAGUUUUUUCGAUCUUGAUGUUUAUCAUAAAGGUUUAGCACGAGCACGAGAUGAAAAUGGUUGGUUUUUCAUUGAUCGUAAUGGUAUUGAUAUUGGACAAGGUCGUCGUUAUCGUCAAAUUGAGAACUUCUAUAAUGGUCAAGCACUUGUUCAAUUGUUACAUGACGGAUCAAGAUGUAUUAUUGAUGAACAACAUCAAAUAUUAGCUACAUUACAUAGUUGUAAUGAUGAAAAUCAUGCUGAUAUUGAACAGAUGGCAAAAGCUUAUUGGCCAUCGUUUGCACUUAAGCUAGGUUUAGAACAAAACAUUAAUUUAUUGAAUGAUGAAAAGAAAUCAAAUAAUGAUAAUAAUCAAUUACGAGAACAGAUUCGACAAGUGUGGAAUGAACUAGGUUUUAUUAAAUCAUCAACUAUAGAUGGAAAUUAUCAAAUUACGGAACGAGGUCAUUUACUUUUUGAUUUGAAUAGUAUUACUCGUGAUCGUGCUCUUUAUUGGUUACAAGAUCGAUAUAUUUCAACGUGGUUACCGAUAUUAAAACAUCAAAAUAAGCUACAUUCGAAUAAAGAUACCUUUUCUGAUAUUGCCAAUAAUCCUGAACUUGUUGCUUUAUCACAAAGAGUUCUUAAUUCUUAUGCACGUCAAGAUUGGAAAGGAAUUUCCUCUGCAUGUCCUAUUGAACUAUUUCAAUCGUCCAGUAUUGUUGAUCUUGGUGGAGGAGUAGGUGCAUUGUUAUCUGAAUUAUCUAAGUAUUGUUUAAGUCAACAUUUAAUCUGUAUUGAUCGUCCUGAAGUUAUUCGCUUAGCAGUACCACAUCCGAAAAUUGAGUUUCAAAGUGGAGAUUUAUUUUCUGGUUCGUUACCUUCAGCUGAUUUGUAUCUUCUAUCACGUGUACUUCAUGAUUGGCCAGAUGAGAAAGUAAAAAUAAUUUUAAAUCGUAUUCCAUCGAAAUAUCUCUGUGUAAUUGAACGUGAAGUUGAUUUAAAUAUUAAUCAACAUGCUCUUCUAUCAUUACAUAUGUUUUUAUUGCAAGGAGCUAAAGAACGAACUCGACAAGAAUGGAAUUAUUUAUUUACAACAACUGACUGGUCUGUUCAGUCACGUACAUCAUUUUCAGGUCAUACAAUCACUCUAUUAAAAAAAGAUAGUAUCAAUACGCGUAUACCAACAUCAUUAAAUAGUUGUAGCAAAACAAUUGUUCGUAAAGUCGUUCUUCCAACGGCUGGCCUUGGAAUGCGAAUGCGUCCUCAGAGUACAAUUUUACCAAAAGUUCUGUUACCUAUUACACAAUCAACUUCCUCUAUAUGGAAAUGUCGUCCAGUACUCGAUCUUCUUCUUGAAGAAAUCUUUGCGAAAGAAACAAAUAUUGAACAAGUGUUAUUUGUUAUUGCACCUGAACAAUUACAUUUAUUUCAAUCUUAUUUUUCGACAUAUCCUCAGCAAAAAAUCGAUUAUAUUGUACAACAAUCACCUAAAGGAUUUGGUCAUGCUGUUCUUCAAACAGAACAAUAUAUCGAUAAUGAACCGUUUGUUAUUAUGUUGAGUGAUCAUCUUUAUCAAUCGAAUAAUAAUCAAUCAUGUUUACAACAAUUACUUAAUGCAUAUCGACAAAAUGUUUCCGAUCCAUCUCGUAUUGGUCUUGCAGGUAUUAUGACAUGUACAUCUGAAGAAGUUUGUGCAACUGGUCUAUUGCAAUCAAAUACAGAUAUGAAAAAUAAACAAUUUUUCGAAAUUACUGAUAUGAUAGAAAAGCCUUCUAUAGAACUGGCAGUUAAUCGUUUUCAAUCUGGAAUAUUAAACAAUCAUUUUUUAUGUCAAGCUGGUAUUGAUAUUCUUCCGCCGACAAUUUUUCAUGAGCUUCGACAACAUGAACAAAAAUUAGCACAGGAAAAGAAAUCAGUAGAACUUGGUUUACGUGAAGCAAUGAAUAAUCUUCGAGAGAAUGGACAAUUAUAUGGUUGUUUAUUAGAUGGUCAUCGAUAUGAUAUUGGCACUCCGAAAGAAUAUUAUCGAACAUUUCGUGCAUUUGCUGUUGAGAAAAAACAAAAAGUACAAGAAAAUUCUUCGAUUUCCAACGUAUGGUCAUUAGUACAACAGAUCGAUAAAGUACGCACAUUAUUCUCGGUUUCAAAGACACCAAUAUAUAGUGCUAGUGCUCCUGGUCGUUUAGAUGUAAUGGGAGGUUUUGCUGAUUAUUCAGGUUCUCAUGUACUUCAAUUUCCAAUUGCACAACGUACUCACGCUUUUAUUCAAAUUUCCAAUAUCGACACAAUUCGUAUGAUGAGUAUUCAAACAGAUAGUAUCGAAUGUAAUUCAAUCAAUCAAAAUAACUUAACCGUAUGGGAACGUGAAAUUCCAAUGAAUUUACUCCGGAGUCAUGAUCAAACAUUACGAGAACGAUUAGAAACUUGGUACAAUCAACAUCAAGAUACUGUACUUUCAAAUGAUGAACCAACAAAUUGGCCCAGUUACAUCCUGGGUAUUUUAGCUGAGUUGAUAAAUAAAACAAAUCCUACCAAUACUCCCAUCGGUUUCAAUGUAGUCAUUAUUUCUGAUGUACCAUGUAAUAAAGGUGUAGCUUCAUCUGCUGCUCUUGAAGUUGCUGUUGCUCGUGCAGCAAGUACAUGUCUAAAUGUCGAUCAUAUUAUAUCAAAUACAGAAUUAGCUCUACUUUGCCAGUAUGUUGAGAAUCAUGUUGUUGGUAGCUCAUGUGGAUUUAUGGAUCAAAUGACAUGUGUGCAUGCAUGUGCUGAUCAUUUAUUUUCACUUCGUUGUCAACAUUUACCAAAUCCACCUUUUCAUAAUAUCACAUUACCGUCAAAUAUACAGCUAUUUGGUAUCGACUCCGGUGUCAAACGAUCAACAGCUAGUUCAGCUUAUCGACGAGUACGAACAGCUGCUUUUAUGGGUAAACAAGAUUUUCAAUCAUCAUCACACCUUGAUCCAUUGACUAAAAUAGAUUCUGAUGAAGUCUAUUCAUUACGUGCAGCGACGGCACAUCCAAUUGAAGAAAAUUUUCGUGUACAAUUAUUUGAACAAUUAUUAAAAAAUGAUCAUCAUUUAUCUAUGGAUGUUUUUUCUAAUCUUGGUGAAUUAAUGUUUCAAUCAGAUGCUGGUUAUGGAUCCUGUGAUCUUAAUAGCGAAGAAACAAAUUUACUCGUGAAUUUAAUACGACAACAUAAAUCACCAUCGAAAAUUUUAUUCGGUGCUAAAAUUACAGGCGGUGGUGGAGGAGGAACAGUAGCUGUACUUGCACAAAACUCAUCUGAAACUAUUGAAGCCAUACAAAAUAUAGUUACUCAAUACGAAACUAUUACUAGACGACGAACACACAUUUUUUCUGGUUCAUCCUCAGGUCUUAUCGCAUAUCCGUCUAUGAUGAUAGAUAUAUAG